GGGCGCAGUCGCGAGUCCCUAGCCGUAGUCUAGAGGGGCGGAGUCCUUGAAUUUCGCCAAUAACAGAUCGCGUUGCUGUUUAGGAAGCUCCCCAAAUAUCUUGUACGACGAAAACGCGAGACACGAGAGUAUAGCUUGGUUUAGUCCGCUCUUUCUCGCUGUUCGGUAUCUUGGGGCGUGGGCCCGGUAAUAUAUUCCACCGAGGUUGCAAAACAUCAUUUACCCGAUAAUUGCGAUCAAAGUAUUCUUUCCCAAUUUCGCGAUAAAUCACAUCACGGUUUAAUCUGAAGGUCAGUGACGUCGCGUUACGUUAUCUUUUUCACAUAGUCGAAUUUUAUCCCACAACACAUUUGUCUCUGAAGACAUUCGUGCUCAGUGCAGCUAAACGUUUCCAAUUGACCGGGAAGCGAGAUUCAAGUUUAGAUUUUAUACGUCUGUAUAACGCUUGUACGGAUGCCGUCUGAUGUUUAUUGAAUAAGUGCUCAGCUUUCAACACCGAGUGAUACUGUGCGACGUCCUUUCAUAUUAUAUCGUCGUUCAACUCUUGAGAUUGGAUAACGUUUGUGCUUUACCUACGAUCAACAUCCACUGUCGUCCACGGUGAUACAACGGGCAAAUGAACAUCAUUUUAUGGGGAUUCUUCAUGGUUUACACUCACAUUUGAAGAAUCCUUCAGCAGCUGGACUUUCAGGAGGAAUUAGAGAACUCCAGACCCUUCUCAAUGCGGCCCCACCGCCCUUUUUGGGUCACUGUGAUUUUGAGGACACCUGCGAUUGGUCGUGGAACAUGACGAAUGGAUUCCGCAAAGUUUCGGCCUCCGAAACAUCUUCGUUCGGGCUCGAAGCAGACGCUAGCAAACUGCCAAAUGGACAUUUUUUGUGGCUAAGAGGACAGGGAAAGGGCCAUAUUUGGUCUAAGUUGAUUCCAAGAACCGGAAGUAAGUGCCUUCUUGAGUUGGCGUUGCAUCAAGUACAAAUGCUCAAUGGUAUCAUAAGUCUCGUUAUAGAAACAAGUAAUCAUACAAGCGUCGUCUCUGUUGAACGAUCUGGAAAUAAUCUUGCCCAAUGGGAAAAGACUCGUUUCAACUUGGGUAUUAUUACUCAGCCAUAUCGAGUCGUAUUGGAAAUGACAACGCCAUCUCCAAAUUCCAGUAUCGCUGUUGAUAAUAUUCAGCUUUCCGAAUGCUUUCCAGAAUCACCACCACUUGGUGUAACUUGUACGGAUGAUAUGUUCCGGUGUAGUAACGGCUCAUGUUUAAAUAAAACUCGCAUCUGUGACCUGACCGCGGACUGUGCAUAUGGCGAAGACGAGAUGCUAGAAUGUGACAAAGUCCCGGAGAAUGGAAAGUGUAAUUUUGAAGACGGUUGGUGCGGAUGGAGAAAUGAUCCUUCCCUUCCUCUGAAUUGGACACGUCAUAGAGGACCAAUCCCAACUGAAAGAAUCGGGCCCAGCUAUGAUCACACUUACCGCAACACAUCUGGGAACUACGUAUAUGUAAAUAUGUCGGGAAGCUUGCAUUAUGGAGAUCGAGCGAGGCUAGAAAGCCCAGUGUAUAAUCCAACACCUCCUUACAGCAGUGAUGCAAAUAAUCCCUACUAUAAGUCCUGCCAAGUGCGAUUUUUUUACCACCAAUAUGGAAAGCAGAGUAGUGGAUUAGGGUUGUACUUGGUUCAAAUAAAGCAGCAUCAAAACGUCUCUGACAGACUUUGGUGGUUGUAUGGUGACCGAAGUGAUGUAUGGAACAAUCAGGCCAUAGCUCUCCCAGAGGUCAAGCACAGGUACUUUUUAUGGUUUGAGGCAAGCAGAGGGUACGGCUCAAAAGGCGCUGUAGCUAUAGAUGAUUUUUCACUCAGUCCCGAGUGUUUUGGUGUUGGAGUUCCGCCAGAGUAUGCUGGAGAUUUCAAUUAUUACACCUAUGUGCCACCAGACACUGAACCCGAAAAGCACAUGGAUUUUGCCAAUGAAACAAUUAUCAGAGUAACAACUUGUGGGGCACUCGGUAGAUUUGGUCCAACACCAGAACAGUGUGCUCCAGAACACCGGGGAACUGAUUUAGAAUUACUUUACCCAUCAACGAUGUCAGCUACCACCAUUGUAGCGGGUGAAAAAAUAAUGAUAUCUCACAUGAGGGGGAUUCAACGGUGGACCGUACCUCGUGGUGGAUAUUACACAAUUAUCGCAAUGGGAGCCGCGGGGGGUAAGGGUUCGGGCCAGAUGGGUAGUACUUUAGGAGCUUCGGUGAGAGCAGUUGUUGAAUUGGAGAAAGGCCAGCAGCUGUACUUCAUAAUUGGUCAAAGCGGAACAGACGCUUGCCCAAAGAAUCUCGGAGUCAAGGUUUACAGUUGUCAAAACGAUGACCUACCCACAAGUGGUCUAGGCUCUGGUUCCGUGUCGAUGGUACACCAAGUGAAGAAAAUCGAUGUGAAAGAUAGCGGUGGCGGUGGUGGAGGAGCUACCUACGUUUUUACUUUGAAACCAGAUGGAGAACAAAAACCUUUGUUGAUCGCAGCUGGUGGAGGAGGUUUAGGGCAUGGCCAAUUUCUUGACGAUGGUAUUCAGAAUGGAAAAGGUGCUGCGCCAAAAGGAAGAUUAUUCGAAUCUGGAUUAUCGAUUUCAGCAUUGGCCGGUUCUGGGGGUGGAUGGAGUGGCUCAAUAAAUAACGGAACAAGUGCAAAAACUGCAGGCACACCGUUAAUUCUUGGAGGAAUGGGCGGGGCGGCUUGUAAAAAUAAUACUGGAGGCCGUGGAGACGGAGGUUUUGGAGCUGGUGGUGGAGGUUGCCUUGGUGGUGGUGGAGGUGGUGGUUAUAUAGGUGGAAAUACGGGGCACGCAAAAUCGUCAAACGGGGAAGGUGGAUAUUCAUAUGCAGCACCAGAACUCUUACACGUCUCGUUCACUGCCGGUGUUAAUCCGACCUCAGGGAAGGCUUAUAUCGUCCCAGCAAUCAGCGGCUGUGGUUGUGAUUUUCGAUGCGUUGCAAUAGACGAACAUUUGAGUAAAACCAAAUGCAUCUGUCCACCUGGUUGGCUCCUUGGCAAUGACACUCGGUCAUGCGUUAUGGACAGAGGCCCUGAGGUCCAUCCGACAUUUAUGAUAGUACUUAUCGUUUUGAGCAUCGGCUUAUUAUUGGCCUUUUCUGGACUCUGUCUUGUACUAUAUAAUCGAUACCAGCAUCGUAAAGCAUUGCUAAGGCGGCGCCAAGUCAUGUUUGGCAAUGGGACGGAGCUGACGUCGCUUCGCAUUGUUUCCGACACUAUGAUGACAGAAUUUAACCCCAACUAUGAAUUUGCUGGAAAUCUCUACAGCUUCAAAGAUUUACCUCAAAUUCCGCGGGACAGUAUAUCUCUCGUAAAGCCUCUGGGACAAGGUGCAUUUGGCGAGGUUUUUCAAGGUGUAUAUAAAUACAACAGAAAUGAGGAACAUCCGGUCGCCGUAAAAACAUUGCCAUCGUUAUCAACGUCGCAAGCCGAAGCAGAUUUUAUGAUGGAGGCUCUUAUUAUGAGCAAAUUUAAUCAUCCAAAUAUUGUACAUUUUAUCGGCGUUUCAUUUGACAAUCACCCACGGUAUAUUGUACUAGAAUUGUUGGCUGGUGGUGAUCUGAAGAAUUUCUUACGAGAAGAGAGACCGCGGCCGGAUCGUCCCACGACGUUAACCAUGCAAGAUCUGGUUAUGUGUGCAUAUGACGUGGCAAACGGGUGUAAAUAUAUGGAGGAUGCCAGGUUCAUUCAUCGUGACAUUGCUGCGAGGAAUUGUCUUUUGACAUCCAAAGGAUCGGGUCGUAUUGUGAAAAUUGCUGAUUUUGGUAUGGCCAGAGACAUAUACAGAAGUGACUACUACAGAAAAGGCGGAAAAGCAAUGCUGCCCAUAAAGUGGAUGCCUCCAGAAAGUUUUCUCGAUGGAAUAUUCACUACGAAAACGGACGUUUGGGCUUUUGGUGUCCUUCUAUGGGAAAUUAUGUCCUUCGGUUACAUGCCGUACACAGGGUGUGCAAACCGAGAAGUUAUGUCGAUGGUAACAACCGGUGGGCGGUUAGAGAGGCCAGCUGGAUGCCCCGAUCCAAUUUAUGGCGUAAUGACUCAAUGCUGGCAUCCUCAUCCAGAGGACAGGCCCAGUUUCUCGACAAUUGUCGAAAGGAUAGGCUAUUGCCUACAGGAUCCUGAUGUUAUUGACCAUCCAAUGCCUAACUACGAUAUUCUCCCUGCUUGCGAGAGAGAAAUAACGAUAAUGCGGCCUGAUCCAGAAACAGAAUGCAUCAACGUACGUAGCAGCUUGGAUGGAUGUGGUGGAUAUAUGCAACCCAAAACAAGCUUCCGGCCAGUAUCAUAUCGCAUCGGUCCAGCGCCUGGAAUCGUUUACGCAUACUUGCAACACUGUGAUGACUGCGGAAACGAAAGCGCAAAAAUACAAGAAACGGCACUAUCGGAACCGAAAAUGCAUCAUAACAACUGUGGUCAAAAUGCAAAUAAUGAGUCCAGCAAAUAUAUCUCUGGAAAAAAGGUGCCUUGUAGACAUAAAGCGUUACCUCCGGAAGAGAGCAACGCUAACGCUGUAACAGUGAGUACAGAAUUAAAUCUGGAAAAAUCAAUCAAAUGCCAAAACAAGGUAUUAAAUGGAAACACCAACAGAGAUAAUGGGAAUUGUGAAAGUAUGACUAACACAGAUACAAAUUCGGAUUCCUUGGCUAUCCCCACGUCGAAUCCCCCAACAGAAACUUCGUUAUCUUCGCCAAAUACUCGAGUGUCAUCUCCGAAUCACGUAAUUUUAAACGCUAAUGUGAAUAACAAUAAUGGCAUCCUAAGGAAGAGCGCGCUCAAAGCUGCUCUUAGCUUGGAUCCAAGCGCUCUUUGUCGAGGGACUAUUCCCUACGAGAAAAUUGCAUUUUCACCACCACCUCCGCGUCUGAGUAAUCCAGGCAGUAUGGAAUUGAGAAAGGAUUCUGUGGGUCACGAGUUGCCGAGAGAAGAGGGGUGCUCCUGCUGAGAUUCAAUGAAUGGCGGCUGACAACGCUACUCAGACUCUAACUUAGCCGUCAAUCUUCUAAAGAGAUCAACUUCCAUGCCAGGAUUUGGAUACAUGUCUCUACUGACGGUCGAGUAAUUCUUGCUCUACCUUCGAAAAGGCUAGUUAAGCGCAUGAGACAUUUAUACAGGUAAAAUAUUACAUUUCCAUAUCUUAUUUCAUUUUGUACGCAACUGAAGUAAAGAGACAAAGUGCCAAGAAGCAGAAGCAAUUAGUGGUAGCUACGGAGAAUUAACUUUAAGGAAUAGUGUAUUGUGUAACAAAGAGGCAAACCCGGUUUUUUCGGGGCAGCGUAAGUUUGCAAUAUGAGUCGUAAAUGAGCCACUGACACAUGUGCGAGGCGUGAAGGCCGUACCUCUUUGUCGCACACGAUUCUUUCUAUAAUAAGAGUAUGUUAUGCGUUUUUUCACGAAGCACGAAAUUGAGGUUAGGGUUGCGUAAUGCUAGAUUUGUUCGUGACAGCGCAUGCGCGCAGUUCAGAAAACAACAUUUAACUCUCAAGACAACCCUUUCAUGCAUACCUAAAUUUUCCCUUACAUGCGAUUCACUCGAAAUAUUGCAUUCACGGGCUUUUGGGGUCACUGAUUACGAAUCUUGAAUUCGAAAUUCGAAAAUUCAAAAUGGCGGAUCCAAUAUAGUGGACAAAAAAAAAAAAAAGAAGAAAAAUUUCGAAAAAAUUCUGUAAUUUUUUUUGGUCUGUAUUAAGUUUGUGUACAAAUUGGCAUUUGGAUUUUCAGUGUAGAUUGGCAGAAAAUGCUUUUUUCCAUGGAAAAGUAUGAAUUUCGACAAUUUGUACACAUGUGAUAUUUUUGCAACAUAUAAAUAAAUAAAUUUCAUCUUUUUUUUUAGACUUAGAAAUAUUUUGGGGACCAUGUGGAACCAAAAAACUCGGUAGUUGUUACCAAAAAAGUAGUUUCAUAAAUAAAAAACUACAAAAAAAAGGUGGUGAAAUAAAAGGUUAAAAGUGGUCUUUUCAGUACUUCGCGCAUGCGCGUUCGCAUACUCGCUCGACCAUCAUAGAAACGGGUACUAUGUGUACGAAAAACACGCAUGGAAAAACGCGUAAAACAUGCUCGCGUUAAAAUAAAAUAUAAUGUUCGAUCGCCGUCGUUGAUAUUUAAUUAUAAUUAGUCUAGUGAAAUGGUGUAUAUAUGUAUAUAUACAAUCGUGUUUCCUCAAAAUGCAACAUUCUUAAGUCUGGCAAUUUAUAACGGAUUUUACAUACGGGGACGCUCCGCCUGAUGAACGUUAUUUUGUCCUUCAAGGAUACAAUUCAGUGCAUAGUGAAAAUUUGUUUUCAAACACACUUGAAAGAAACUGGGGAUACUUCAGUGAAAAAUGUAUACUUCAAUUUCAAGUUUUCACAGUUUUUGGUGUCUUUUAGUUGUCCUUGGAUUGAAGUACACCGAAAAAAUGCAUUUGAUACUGAAUUUGAAAAAAGUCGUUUCUUGAUCAUGUCAAGAGCAGAAAUUUUGAUCAAAUAUAGAGAUUAAAUAUACUACCUCUCAAUGAAAAUCAAAAUAAUACAGAAGAAUAUUCAGUCGAAAUUUCAUAAUUUUGUAAACUUAUUCAAAGCAUUAAGUAAAAAAUACCAAACAGAGGGUAUACCUGAAUAUAAAGAAGGUAAAAGACAUAGGCACCAGUAAGAUGUGUGAUUAUUAUGUACAAUUUCCUAUUUAAUUAUAUUCGUCAUUUUAAAUUUUCAUCCAUUUUUUUACCCAGUUGUAUAUUUUUCAUAGAAUAAUCCAUCUGUUUAGCUUUUUCCGAGAUUCACCACGUAAUAUUCGAAUUAAACGUAAUCGUUAAAUUUGAUACUCUGACAAGUGACUGUUUUUCGUAAUAAUUUGAACAAAAAUAAUUUUCCUUUUAUAUAUUCAAUUAAUCAUUUAGAAUGUCACACAAUUUUGAAUAUAUUACCGUAAUUUGAUUUUGCAAAAUAAGCAAAAUUUUUUUAACGUAUAAAAUAAUACGGAACCAUCCAUUGCAAGAUUUAUCUCAUUUCGGGGUGUAGAUCCAAAGUUAUAACCUUUUUUACCCAUUUCUAUGUGAUAUUUUUUUCAAAAUCAUGAGACUAAAAUUUUUACGGGACGCUUGCAAUAUAUAAUAACACGGUAAGAAUGUCUGAGACAAAUGAAUAAACAUUUUUACAAAAUGUCAUUCCACGUGUCGAAUCUUGAAAAAACAACUACGCGCAUUAGAGAAAUGCACGUCAUAAGAGCCAAUUAACUUUUGUUAAAGUCUGAAAAUAGAUUAUUAGAUACAGACCUUUUACCUAUUUUUUCGGCUAUGCCCUUUACAGGUAAGAUUUGAAUAUAUCUCACUUCAUUUGAAACAACUGUACUCACCAGACUUGGUCACCAGACGUUACGCUAAUUUUUUUUGGCUUCCUGAACAAAAGCUCACUUCAUUACGAUAGAAUUAUAGGGGCCUGUGCUAUUGAAUAAAACUACCUUUUAUUUUGGAAUUCUUGACGGUAAUUUUUGUUUUCGUUUCUGGACUUUGGCGAUCUGGAAAGCUUGUCUAGGUUUUUUUUUCAAAUUUUUCAAAUCAAUUGUCCUUGAAACGCGGAUCAACAAUAUUUAUAAUAUU